CUCGCUAGUUAACCUCAAUCUUCUUAUUCCCCCAAACAAAAAAACAAUCUUCUUCUUCUCAACGAUGGGUCAGAACAACAAGGACGACAACAAGAAGUCCAAGGAAAAGAAAGGAUCGGCAAGCAACAACAAAGGUGGAGGAGACGGUGAAACUGUUCGUGGUCAAUCAGUCCAGGCAAGAGCUCAAAGCCCAGCUCGCAAAACGAUCGCAAAGAGGCAAAAGUCACCAACUUCGUCAAAGAAGGCAAAAAGUGGACGUCGUCUUUCUGUUGGCAGCGGAGGAAGUGCAAAAUUGAGAAAGCGUAAGCCGAAGCGCACAUUCAAAGUGCACAUCUACCGCGUGCUGAAGGAUGUUCAUAAAGGUGAAAUGCGUAUUUCGAAGCGUGGAAUGGAUUUAUUGUAUGGAUUUCUUCGACCGCAUUGCUUCCGAGGCUGGUGGACUCUCCCUCAUCAGUAAGAAACCAACUCUGUCUCUUCGAGAUAUGCAAAGUGCAACGAAAAUGGUUCUGCGUGGCGAGCUUUGUCUUCAUGCACUUAAUGAGGGCAAAAAAGCUGUGAAGAAGAUUGAGAUGGAAGGAAAGACGAAGGCUAAAUGAUGAGAAUAUAAAAGGAAGAUAUUGUGAAAUGUAUAUUGUGAUACAAUAAAAUGUAUUGUGUAAUAUGUUGUAUGUAAUAUGUAUAUUGUCAUAAAUAAAUAUUUGUCUUUGACUGAUAAAUUUGGCGAAAAUAAUUUUUUGUAGUAUUUGGGCUUUUUGAUCAUAACUUU